UGGGUUAGACAAGGAAACAAUCGAUGACCCCGCCGACAUCGAUGUUUGGCCAAGUCCUCAAUCGUUCAAUAUCCCUCAGCUCCGCCAGUCCAGCCGUCGGGCAACAGCCAUUAUUAUUUUUUUUUUCCUGUGCGAGAGAGCGGUGUGUGUGCGUUGCAAAGGCGAGGAGAAGCCUCCGACCCCCAGACUCGAGCCGUUUUUUGAGAACCGUAGUAGUAGUAUCCAACCGGGUAUAGAGAUCGCGCGCCGCCAUGUGCUCCGCCAGGCGGAAAGUGCAAAUGCGAAACAAAAGUGAAAACGUGCCGAAAUAAACUUAUAAUAAAUAAAUAAAAAAAAAAAAAUAAUAAGAAUUGGAAGAGCAAAGAAUAGGCAAGAAAAUGUGCGACGCUAUCGCAGCAGUGGCAACAACAACAACAACAACAACCACAAAUCCUGUGGGAAGUGAUGCUGCAACAACGAUUCCAGGAACUUCAUCAGCGACGACGACGGUAGUGGCAGUAGGUGGAGGAGGAGGAGGAGGAGGAGGAACAGUGGCACCAUCACUAGCACCACCACCAGCACCACCACCAGCUAUAACCACAUCGCCCAUGGCGACUACAACAGCGCUGGCGGCCACAACCACAACCACAUCGUCAUCAACGACAUCAACGACAUCGUCGUCGUCGUCGUCGUCGUCGCUGAAGAUCGAGAAGCGACAAAACUGCUGCCGCCUGUGCAUCGCCCCCUCCUCGGAGUGCAUCUCGAUCAUGAACAGCUAUGCGGCGGACAAGGAGCCGCUGUCCACCAAGAUCCACAACUGCGUCAACAUCAAGAUCACGCCCCAGGAUCGGCUGUCCUUGCAGAUAUGCCAUGCCUGCAUCAGCUACCUCAACUCGUGGCAGAGCUUCAAGAAUCGCUCCCUCAUCUCCCAGACCAAGCAGCGCCAAUGGCUCGAGGCGAACAACAGCAGCAGCCAUAAGAGCAAGCUCCUCAACUAUCUGGACCUGAACAGUGCCGAGAACGGCUCUGCCUCCGAUCAUCAUUCGCAUCAUCCGCACCACAACCAGAGCCAGCAGCAUCAGCAGCAGCAGCAGCGACAGGAUAAUGAGGACGAAACGGACAAUGCAUCGAUGCCAGGAGCGGCAGCCACAGCGGCUGCCAUUCUGGACGGCAUUCCAUCGCUGAAGAAACGAAAAUCUCUAACAGUCUAUCCACUGCCAGCGGUGCCCAUCAAGGAUGAGCCCAUCGACACGGAUGACGACUACCAGAUGAAGUCGAUUGACGAGUCCGACGACAUGGUCGAUCCCACAAUGUUCCUAGAGCGCUCCGAGCACGAGGGCGACAUGCCGUUGAUGACCUCCGACUACGACUACACGGCUCAGCAUGGCGUAAAUGCCGCCUCGGCAGCCGCCUCCCUGCCGGCCAAUGCCGUCGCCAAUGUGGCAGCUGCCGGCGACUCCAAGGUGGCCAGCUGCCGGGCCUGCAGCCUCCAGUUCUCGACGCGCGCCAAUGCCCGUCGCCACGAACGCAACCUGCACCCGAAUCUGUUCCAGCUCUCCACCGACUCGCCCCACAACACGCCCAUUACCAAGCCGACGCCCGCUUUGGCCGCCGCCUUGGAGAUCCAGCGGGCAGCGGCGGAGGCAGCCACUGCAGAGGCCAACAGGGCAGCCGGAGCGGCGGGCGGGAAUAUAUCCACCCAGAAGUACCGGCAGGUUGUGAUGAACGCGUUCAUAAAGUGCGAGGGCGGUGGCUACGACUACGACAACCCGGAACAGUACCGGGCGCACCUCACCCGCGACAAGGUGGAGUUCAUCGAGCAGAACGAGGAGUUCCUGGAGCAGUACCAGACGAUGACGUGCCGGUGCUGCAACAAGUACUUCAGCACCUACAAGAACUUCAUGGCCCACGUCCGCAAGAAGUACCCGCUGCUGCCCCGCAACCUCUGCUUCAACUGCCUCAAGAUGAACGACUCCAAGGCCCUGUUCAUCUCCCACUUGAAGAAGCGCAACUGCAUCAACCUGUACCGGGUGCUGCACGGCAUCAGGGAGAAGGCCAACGCCGUAGUGGUGUCCAAGGACGGUGUAGAGACUGGCGAUGGUAGAAUUAUGACCCACAUGGAUGCCGGCUCCAGUCCGAAUGUCACGGCGGACAUCAUCGGCAGUGCGGGCGGAUCGGAGCGGCCGGAGAAGCUGCGGGCCAAGGAGCUGCUGGUGAACAAGCUGUACGAGUGCAAGCUCUGCCCGAAGGGCUUCCGCACCAAGCACGAGUUCCGGACGCACGUCUACGACAAGCAUGCGGAUGUCCAGCGGAAGGACAGCAACUCGAUCCAGUGCAACUUCUGUGGCCUGGACUUUGCCGAUCCGGUCGACAGGCGGCGGCACUACAACAACAUGGACUGCAUCGUCCGGCUGCGCUGCAUGACGUGCGACGCCAAGCUGGAGACGCACCAGCGCUUCCUCGAGCACGUCUACCAGGACCACUUGGGCGGCGUGGGCGGCGGCACUGGCACCGGUGGCGCCAGCAGCGACAACGCCUCCACCACCGGCAACAGCAUGGAGCACUCGCCGGGCAAGCGCAGUCUCCUGAGUGCCCUCGGCAUCGGUGUCGGCUCCUCGGCGGACGAAUCGCGCAGCAGCAGUGUGGCCCUCGGCCCCCUGACCUCCACACCCAAGCCGGCCGGCGGCACUGCGUCCGGCAUCCCUUCGGGCAGUCGAGAUGCCGCUAGCAGUGGCGGCAAUGGAUCAGCUCCCAAGUCCCAGUACUUCUCCCGCAUGCCGCAGGUCUGUCCCAUUUGCGGCCAGCAGUACAACAACUACAACAACGUGCUCCGGCACAUGGAAUCGAAGCAUCCGAACAAGCUGCCCGAGACGUACAAGUGUGUGCGGUGUGGCCUGGGGUAUCCGAGGAUCUCCUACCUGCGGGAGCACAUGAUCAACGUGCAUGGAGUCGACAAGAAUCGGCACUCCGGCGGCUUCGAGUACAUCGUCAAUGCGGAUGCAGUGAAGCUGGCGGACGGGAGCACACCGAACGUGUACACGGGUCGUUACGACUACGUGAUGAAGGACCUCAUGUCGAUAACAAAUGGUGGGACCCUCGAUGACGACGACGAGGAGCCGGCCGGCGUGGCCAAGAAGAUGCGCCUGGACGACAGCAGCAACAACAGCAGCCUGGCCGGCGUGGGCGUCUCCAGCCAGCAGCAGCAGCAGCAGAAGGAGUGCCCCAUCUGCAACGCCGUCUUCAGCAACAACAUCGGCCUCUCCAACCACAUGCGCUCCCACUAUACGGCCUCCAACUCCGUGAAUGCCGCCCUCACGGCCGCCAAUCGGAUGACUCCCAAGUCCCUGACCAUAACGGCCACUCCGGCCGACACCACCAUGGAGCUGCUAGGUGGCGCAACUGCCUCAUCCGUUCCAGCGGCAGGAGGAGGAGGAGCUGCGGGGGUUCCACCUGCGAUGGCCAAUCAGACGCCGCAGGAACAGGCCGUUUUCCGGCGCAGUCUCGACCAGGCGGCCGACCGGCGCUUCCGCAGGAUGCGCUGCCGGAUCUGCCAGCGGCGGUUCAGCUCGAAGAAGUCCUACCGCUACCACAUGCUCACCGACCACCAGGUGCAGAACGUGCAGUUCAUCAAGUGCAAGCUCUGCAACGCGGAGUUCGCCUACGAGAAGGGUCUGAAGGUGCAUCUCUUCAAGGUGCACGGGCGGGCCAUCAAGGACGAGAUGAUUGUGAAGCAGUUCGAGUGCGAGGUGUGCUCCAUAGUCUACAGCUCGGAGAUGGAGUUGCAGCAGCACAAGCGCAGUGUCCACAAGAUGUCCUCCUCCUCGGCCUCGGCUGCAGCUGCCUCUGGAGGAGGAGCCUCUUCCAAAAUGGAAGACGACAGCAUAGUCCUGGAGGACAGCACUUUGAAGCCAACUGCCGGAGAUCUGACGGACACCUCCGUGAACGUUUCAGGGGCCGGGGGCUUGACCACGCCCCUCUACUGGUACCAGUGCAAGUACUGCCCCUCCAACUUCAACACCAACAAGAAGCUGGCCAUCCACAUCAACUCCCACGACGAGUUCGAUUCGAACGACUACUCGUGCAAGGACUGCGGGAAUGUCUACAGUGGAAGGAAGAGUCUAUGGGUCCAUCGGUAUAAGAAGCAUCCACAGGUCCCUGAUCCGGCCGAGUGCUCGCUUUGCCGCAAGAUCUUCUUCGACCGCCAAAUGCUGGACAACCACACGCCGACUUGCAACCGCAAGCCCAUCACCUCCACCGGCGCCCACCAACAGCAGCAGCAGCAGCAGCAGCAACAGCAACAGCUGCAGGAGGCACUGCAUCAGCAGCAGAUGGCCCUCCAGAAGCAGGUGGGCCUGCACUCUGGAGUGUUCCGGCACAAGACCGGCGACGAUGACGACGAGGAGGACGAUGAUGAUCAGCUCCCGAAGCUGGCCGAUGGAGGAGGUGGUGGGGGUGAGAGUGGAGCAGCUGCUCCUCCUCCUGCUCCCGCUCCAGCUCCGGCCAGCACGACGGCAGCUGCUACGAUGAAGAUACGCAUUCCAGAGGUGGCGUGCACCAUUUGUGGGGCCCGCUUCACCGACCAGGAGAUGUUCACCAAGCACAUCCAGAAGCACGAACAGGAACUGUACGUGGACAAUCCCCUGGCGGCGAUGUUCGACGAUGGGCCGCCAGAUGCCGGCCAGUUUCAGGUGGAGCUGGAGAAGCAGAACGAGAACGGGGAAUAUGCGUGCGAUCUGUGCGCAAAGACGUUCCCCCAGGUCAUAGCACUCAAGGUGCACCGCAAGUGGCAUUUCAGAGGUGAUAGCAAGCAGAAUCCCAUCGACGGCGAAGCGACACAUUUGACCAACAACAACCACACCACCAGCAACAACAACAACAGCAGCAACAACAACAACAACAACAACAGCAUGUCGCACCUCCGGGAACUUCAUGCUGUGGGUCUGAUUCCAAACAACCAACAGCAUCAGAGCCAGGAGCAGCAAUCCCAGCAUCCGCAUCCGCAGCAGGCGGGCAAGUCGAUGAAGCGGAAGCGUGAACUGAAGUGCGAAUACUGCCCCUCGACCUUCAUCAGCAACAACAACCUGCGCCGGCACAUGUACGAGCUGCACAAGCACGAGGUGAGCAACCUGCCAGAGCCGCCGGUCAUCGUCGUGGACGAUCAUCUCUCCUGCCGCCGUUGCAAUCUCAAGUUCGAGACGAAGGAGCUGUGGAUCGAUCACAAGCUGGCGGACGCCAAGGUGGUGCGACCGUUCUGCCCCUUCCAGUGGGGCUGUGAUCUGUGCGGCGAGUAUCUAUCCCGCAAGGAGAAGCUCAUGAAUCACAUCAACAAUCAUCUCAAGGAGGAGGUGAUUGUGCCGGUGGCCACCAAGGAGGCGGCGGAGAGGGCGGCGGCAGCGGUGAAGGCGCAGGAGGCGGAGGCAGCAACAGCAACGGCAGAAUCCACCGUCAAGACGGAGGAGGAGGAGGCGGCAGCGGCAGCGGCGGCGGUUUUGGUCAAGCACAAGGUGGAGGGCAAGUCGGAGGUGAAGACUCAGCCGGACAGCGAUGAUCUGGAUGAGGAGGAUAGCUCCGGCGAGGAGGAGACCUCUGGCACGGGCGACGACGAGGAGGACGACGAUGAUGAGGAGGAUGACUCGGAGGAGGAUGUGGAAGAUGAGGAGGACGAGGAGGGCGACGGCGGCGAGGGCGAGGACGAAGAAGGCGUCCCCCCGCAACAGCCGCCGAAAAUGAACCUCGCCCAGGACGAUGACCUGGUGGAGGAGGUCCUCAGCUCCGACGACGAUGUGGAGAGCGACGACGUCGACGAAAUGGAAGAGGAUGACGACGAAGACGUCGAGGACGAUGAGGAGGAGGAGGAGGAUGACGUGGAAGAUCCCCAGCCGGUGGUGAUGAACGGAAAGGCGAAAAUGCAACCACUCAUUGUGGCCACUUCGGACGAGGAGGACGAGGACGAGGAGGAGGAUGGCAUGUUGCCCAUCGAUGAAAUUAUCGAGGAGGAGUUUGACGAGGACGCGGCCGACCCAGAGCCCGAGGACGACAUUGUCGAGGAGGAUGAUGAGGAGGAGGGGGAGGAGGAGGAAGAGGUAAUCGAAGAGGUGGAACUCGACGACGACAUGGACGAGGUGGGCAACGAGAGGCGCAACUCGUCGUCGGCUAGUGAGUCGGCGAACACCACCACCAUUGCCAACACCACCACCACGGCCACGUCGCAAUCACAUUCCACGGGUGAGCGGCACAAAAAGCCGGAGGUGCCAGGCUUUACCUGUGAUCUAUGUCAACUUUGUUUCGAUUCUCAGGAGCUACUCCAGAGCCACAUCAAAAGCCAUUUUCUGAAUGGUCCAAAGCUGGCAAGAGCCAAGGUGGUAGCAGCAGCCGGAGGAGGAGGAGCAGCAGCAGCAGCAGCAGCAGCAGCAGCAGCAGCAGCAUCCUUGGCAACGGAACCAGACUCAAAGAUGACGGGGAGCAGUACCAGUAGCUCCAGUAAGAGUAGUAAGCCAGCAGCUGCCACCAAUGCUGCCACUGUUAUCCUCCAUCUCACUUGAAAUGUACAAAAUACCCAGCCCAGCCACCACUAGAACCACUAGAACCACAAGCCACACCGCCAAAAAAAAAACCAACAAACAAUAACAGAAACAGAAACAGAAACAGAUCAUAGUCCACUCCAUAAUCCUCCAGAGCCAACGCAUUCCAUCAUCACCAUCAUCUGAUCAUCCCAUCAUCUCGAUCAUCUCGAUCAUCUCGCCAAGAUUAUGUAUAGCCAGUAUAGUAGUGUACUAGUAGUAGCUCUUGUGUGCGUACUCCCCUUUUUUCUCUCUAUAGAUCCUAGUCGUAAGAUCCAACCCCCUCCAUAUAUACACACACUAUAUGUCACUAUAUAUGAAGGACAUUACUUUUUUUUUUUUUAAUGUUAAACUAGUUCGUACCACACACACACACCACACCACAUCGCUGAAGUAGGAGGAGAGUGGGAUUGAAAUGCUCUGCAUCCUGUAGCCAUAAGGUUCGCUAGACAAGCUACAUUCUAGAUUUAAACGAAUAACUUUAUAUAUAAUCGGUAUAUAUAGUCUUAAAUAGAUAGUUUUUAAGCAAAAAAAAAAAGAAAAAACAAAAACACAUCAAUUGCAAGCGAAUUAUGAUGCACCAAAGCAAAGGAUAUCGAGAGCGGGAACUCAGUUAGGAUUAGUAGAACCAUCAGGAUUUUUUAACAAGUAUUUCAAGCACACACAGCAGGACACCGGACACAGCAGGACACAGGACACAGCAGGACACAGGACACAGGACACCGACUCAGACAUACUCUCACAAAGGUUUAAAAAACCCCCAAAGCUAUAGUAAUUAGAUUUUUUUUGUGCUUGGUCUUCCCCCCAAAAUUCUAAAAAUGGUUUUCUAAACCACACCCCCCUUUUAGGCCCAAAACAAUUUCGGUUUUUUAAAGAAAAAAAUAUAGAUACUAUAUACUGUACUAUACACUUAACUAAUUACUAAUUUAGAUCAUCCUUGGUAUUAAAAAAAAAGAAAACUUACACGGAGGCAAGCACACUUACUCACAAAAUUAGUUUCACGCAAAAGCCAAAUACAGAAGUCGCGCCAGUACUUACACUAUACAUGAUACACGAUACAUGAUACAUGAUACAUGAUACCCGAUACCCCCCUAAUUUCAUAGAACUUUUUUACGGCGAUCCUUUUUUUUCGUUUUGACCAUUUAGGAAAAAGGAUCAGUAAAUUAGUACGAUUGCCAAAUACCCUUUAUACUAACUAUCUAGAACUGACUAUAACUAGUCUGGAAAUUGGUAUAUGCAUAGGUAUACUUUACUUGAUGCGUUAGAUUUCGUUUGCAAUUCAAAAAAAAUGGUUCAAAAACGAUUCGAAAACGAGUAUAUUCGAGACUUGUGAUGAUGUUUUUGCACUCUUUCUGGACAAUGAUUCCAUUCUAACACUAGAAACAUUAGACGGAUGUGGGUGCAGCUAUAGAUUCCAAUAUCCUUCGUUCGUUUCGAGGACAUUGCGUGAGGAUCGCUGCUCCCAACCAUCCAACCAACCAUCCACUCAUCCACCCACUAGAUCCGUUGGUUCAGUCUUCUAUCUUACAUCAGAGGAUGUCUGCGGCUGCAGGACACUCCCCAACUGAAACCACUCACGAUAAUAGAUAAUCGUCUCUCUUCUCUUCUAAACUACAAAUUAAAAUCAAUAAAAAUUACGAUAAAAAUGGUACCCAUCGACCUUGGCGCCUUACUGGUUGCUGGUUAAGGCGGACCAAGGUCGAUCAGGAGGACACACUUCACAGUCACACCCCCCAGCACACACCACACGCACCACACACUCACACUCACAUCGACUCAGGCUAGCAACGAGACUUGAAAUACACUUAUCUAAUAUCAUAAAAAAAAUGGUAUAUAUAGAUAUAUAUUUUGCAUGUAUGUAUAUAUAUAUAAUACAUGUGCAGGAGACCCACAAGAAGACACUGAAGACAUGUACGAGGACAGACCAGACCAUCCCCUACUCUACACGCACUCCUACUCCUCAAUCUAUCCACACACACCAUACCUAUAUGUAACUAGGCCCUAAGCUACCAUAUAAUAUAUAAUAUGUAACUGGUACAAAAUAAAUUAUACAAUGCAGAAUCAUAACGAACUAAGCUAACUUUUGUCCCUCACGCGUUGAAGAAUCGAAAACAGAAUAAUACGAUCAUAAACCUAAAAAUAUAAACUUUAAAUGCUUCAUUUUAAUUAUCGGAUAAUGGGUUGUGGGUCUGGUGCUAGCCUGAUGGAGCUAGUUGGGGGUUAAUCUCAUUGCAGUGGAAGGGGGGCUGCAAAGGACAAUAAAAUAAAUACAAUCUCCAUAAUAAAAUUCAAUAAUUAGUUAAAAUUAAUAUUUAAAGAACAGCGCCCUCCUCCUCGAUUCUCAUAGGGGGCACUUAAGCAGCGAUAAAUUUUACAAAUAAAAAGUAAAAAUUAAUUUUUUUAAAUUAAAAAUUAAUAUAAAUUAAUAAAUAAAAACAGCGCCCUCCUCGAUUCUCAUAGGGGGCACCUAAGGCAGUGCCAAAAGACUAAA